UUGGUCGUCGCAAAAGGUUCUCUACUACAGAUUUUCACGACAAAGGCAAUCUCUUCUGAAAUUGACCAUUCGCAGAAUCGAGAGAGACAGACUUCGAGGACUGACAAUCAAUACGACCGCCGACUCAACGACGACGAUGGCCUCGAAUCCUCCUUCCUAGGCGGCGACGGCAUGCUGAUCCGCGCCGAUCGAACCACCAACACCAAGCUUGUGCUCGUCGCUGAAUACCCAAUAUUUGGCGUUGUGACGGGACUUGCCAGAAUCAAGAUACCAAACUCAAAGUCUGGAGGCGAGGCUCUCCUGAUUGCUACAAGAGUGGCCAGACUGAGUCUGGUGCAAUGGGACCCUGAGAAACACGCACUCGAGGACGUCUCCAUCCACUUCUACGAAAAAGAAGAGCUUGAGGGCUCGCCAUUCGAUGGCCCCUUGAGCAAUCACCAAACCCAGCUUGCUGCCGACCCUGGCUCUCGAUGCGCCGCGCUCAGAUUCGGGCCGAGAUACGUUGCCUUUCUCCCUUUCAAGCAAAACGAUGAGGACAUUGAUAUGGAUGACUGGGAUGAAGAUGUGGAUGGACCUCGGCCGGCAAAAGAGCCGUCAGCAGCUGCGGCCACAAAUGGAACUAGCAACAUAGCAGAUGUACCAUACUCAACAUCAUACGUCCUCCCUCUUCCGCAGCUUGAUCCCAGUCUCCUUCAUCCUGUGCACCUCGCCUUCUUGCAUGAGUACCGAGAACCCACCUUCGGCAUCAUCUCCUCGACGCAACGGCGCUCCAACACCCUACCGCGGAAGGAUCACUUCUCCUACAAGGUCUUCACUCUCGACCUGCAGCAACGGGCGUCAACGGCCAUUCUCUCAGUCAACAACCUCCCUCAAGAUCUCUUCAAAGUCAUUGCUCUACCGGGCCCCAUUGGAGGCGCGCUGCUCGUCGGCACCAAUGAGCUGAUACAUAUCGACCAGUCAGGGAAGCCCAAUGGUGUGGCCGUCAAUCCGUUCACGAAAGAGACAACCAAUUUCCCUCUCGCCGAUCAAUCAGAAUUGGGCCUGCGACUCGAGAAUUGCGCCAUUGAGCAAAUGUCUCCUGAGAACGGAGAGCUACUCAUGGUGCUUAGCGACGGCCGCCUUGCAAUCAUCGCCUUCAAGAUCGACGGGCGGACAGUGUCGGGGGUCAGUGUUAAGCUUGUCGCCGCGGAAGCCGGGGGCAACAUUGUGCCGUGCGGAGCUUCUUCAAUCAAUAGAAUCAGCAAAAAUGUGUUCUUCGUUGGAAGCACGGGCAGUGACUCCCUCGUCGUGGGAGUCACUCGAAAGCAAGCACAGAGCGCUCGCAAAAAGACUCGUUUGGUGGACGAUUCCUUCGCGGAUGAUCUGGAGGAUGAAGACAUGGAAGAGGAUGACGACGAUGAUCUCUACGGCGAAACCACAACGACCGUUCAAACCGGCGUGGCAGCCAACGGAGUUCCCAAGGGCGGCGAAAUAUCGUUUCGCGUUCAUGAUUCUCUCUUGAGCUUGGCUCCGGUGAAGGAUAUGACCACGGGCAAACAGGCUUUCAUUCCGGAAAGCGAAGAAGAGAAGAACUCUGCCGGUGUGGUUGCAGACCUACAGCUCGCCGCCGCUGUGGGCAAAGGCAAUGCGGGUGCCAUCGCCAUCAUCAAUCAAAACAUCCAACCUAAGGUGAUUGGCAGUUUUGAAUUCCCGGAAGCAAGGGGAUUUUGGACCAUGUGUGUCCAAAAGCCGAUCCCGAAGUCGUUACAGGGCGAUAAAGGCGCAAAUGCUGCAGUGGGGAGCGAAUUCGAUGCUUCAUCUAUAUACGACAAGUUUAUGAUUGUUUCCAAGGUUGAUCUAGACGGCUACGAGACGUCAGACGUUUAUGCUCUUACAGGCGCUGGUUUUGAAGCGUUGACGGGAACGGAGUUUGAUCCUGCGGCGGGUUUUACGGUAGAGGCGGGCACGAUGGGGAAACACAUGCGCAUCAUUCAGGUGCUCAAAUCGGAAGUGCGAUGCUAUGAUGGAGAUCUGGGGUUGAGCCAGAUUUUGCCAAUGCUGGACGAAGAAACAGGAGCGGAACCCAGAGUCAUCAGCGCCAGCAUUGCGGACCCGUACAUUCUGCUGGUUCGGGAUGACUCGAGCAUCAUGGUGGCUCAAACAGACAAUAACAACGAUCUGGAAGAGGUCGAAAAGCAAGACGACACCAUUCUCUCAACCAAAUGGCUCGCUGGCUGUCUGUAUACCGACACUUCAGGUCUCUUCGCACCUAUUCAGACGGACAAGGGCACGCCAGAAGGUCAAAACAUUUUCAUGUUUUUGCUUAGCGCCGCGGGGGCUCUUUACAUUUACACCCUUCCCAACCUGUCGAAACCGGUCUAUGUCGCCGCCGGACUGACCUAUGUUCCGCCAUUCCUCUCCGCCGACUACGCCGUCAGACGUGGCACCGUGCAGGAAACGUUGACAGAGAUUCUGGUGGCUAACCUCGGCGACUCUACAACAACCUCUCCAUAUCUCAUUCUCCGCCAUGCAAAUGACGACAUCACCAUUUACGAACCUUUACGCCUUGAAUCAGAGGAUAAAUCCGAGGGCCUUGCAAAGACUCUGCAUUUCCAAAAGGUCACAAACCCGUACCUGGCCAAGAGUCCCGUCGAAGUAGCAGAUGACGACGCCAAUGAACAGCCACGUUUCGUGCCUCUCCGACCAUGCGGCAAUAUCAAUGGAUACAGCACAGUUUUCCUACCAGGGGCGUCGCCAUCAUUCAUCAUCAAGUCGUCGAAGAGCAACCCCAAAGUCAUGGGUCUGCAAGGCAUCGGUGUCCGCGGCAUGAGCUCUUUCCACACCGAAGGCUGCGAACGCGGCUUCAUCUACGCCGACUCAGAAGGCCACACCCGUGUCACACAGUUGCCGGCGGAUACGAGUUUCGAUCUGGGUGUCUCCGUUCGCAAGAUCCCGGUGGGUGACGCCAUCGGCCUCAUUGCCUACCAUCCCCCGAUGGAGACAUACGCCGUGGCCUGCAGCGUAGCGCAGCCGUUCGAGCUUCCCAAGGACGAUGACUACCACAAGGAAUGGGCUAAGGAGACCAUCACCACGUUCCCUCAGACGGAACGCAGCGUCAUCAAGCUCCUCAGUCCUGCUACAUGGUCGGUCAUUGACACGGUCGAGCUUGAGCAACACGAGGUCGCCAUGUGCAUGAAGACGUUGCAUCUCGAAGUGUCCGAGGAAACCAAGGAACGCCGUAUGCUCAUUGCCAUCGGCACCGCCAUCAACCGCGGCGAGGAUCUGCCCAUCAGAGGUCGCAUCCUCGUCUACGACGUUGUCCCCGUGGUUCCCCAGCCAGGGCGUCCCGAGACGAACAAGAAGCUGAAGCUUGUAGCCAAGGAGGAGAUCCCCCGCGGAGCCGUCACCGCACUGUGCGAAGUCGGCUCUCAGGGCCUCAUGCUCGUCGCCCAAGGACAGAAAUGCAUGGUACGCGGUCUGAAGGAAGACGGUACUCUCCUCCCUGUUGCUUUCAUGGACAUGAGCUGCUACGUCACCGCGGUCCGAGAGGUACGCGGCACCGGAUACUGCCUCAUGGCCGACGCUUUCAAAGGUGUAUGGUUCGUUGGCUAUGCGGAGGAGCCGUACAAGAUGAUGCUCUUCGGCAAGAGCACCGGCAAAUUCGAGGUCCUGACGGCGGACUUCCUCGUCGAUGGAGACGAGCUUCACAUCGUCGUCUGCGACAAGGACGGCGUCAUCCACGCCAUGCAAUUCGAUCCUGAGCAUCCCAAAUCCCUCCAGGGCCACCUCCUCCUCAACCGCGCCUCCUUCUCCGCGGCGCCGAACCACCCCACCGCGACCCUCUCCCUCCCACGCUCCUCAGCCGGCCCCUCGGCGUCCAAGAACUCUCCCACGACCCUGAUGCUGGCCUCCCCCACCGGCGCCCUCGCCGCCCUGACGCCCCUCUCGGAGCAGGCCUACCGCCGCCUCACCUCCCUCGCCAACAGUAUCGCCGCCGCCCUCCCCCACGCGGCCGCCACGAACCCCAAGGCCCACCGCCUCCCGCCCCUCGACGCCCGCCCGCCCGGCGUCGACACCAGCGCCGGCCGCACCAUCGUCGACGGCGCCCUGCUCUCCCGCUGGAACGAGCUCGGCGCCGGCCGCAGGUCCGAGGUCGCCGGCAAGGGCGGCUACGGCGACGUCCUCGAGGUCAGGGGCGAGCUGGAGGGCAUCCUCGGCUGGAGCGGUAUGAGUUACUUCUGA